UAAUAAUGAAUCAUUUCAUAAAUAAUGGGUUUAGAAGCUUAUCAGGGCAGGCGGGCCACUGCUGGGGUUUUAUCUCUCUCGGCCACAUUGCAGUAGUGUUCCGCUCUCCAUACUAAAUAGGAAACUGGACGUGAUGUGGAAUUAGAGCCUACCCAGCUGAAGCCACCCAACACUUACUACAAAUAUAGCCGCGACGCGUAGGCCACAAAAUGGCUCCACUCACUUUUCCCAAUGAAAAGCAAAUGGAUUUAGCAGUUUUAUCCCGAUGCGGGUGUCCUUCCUCUCUGUAAAGUCGUAAGUACCUUGAGGUGGGAGGAGUAAAUUCAGCCUGACACCGAGAGCGCUUUUGUUGAAACAGGAGAGACUUGCGGUGUCCCUACUUAAAUAUGACACAUGACGAUGGACAGGCCGCCCGCCCCGCCGCCCCCCAGUGACCCCCGCGAUGCCCGCCCCCCCCGGCGGCACGACUCGGAAGCGGAGCCCACGACCGAGCCCGACGGCAGCCGGGGGGGCAUGGAGGCGCCGCCGGAGCCCCAGCUGCUGCUCAACGGGGCGGCCAAGGAGGCGGGCCGGCCCUCCCCCGGGCCCCCUGCCGCCGCCGCUGUGCCCGUCAUCGAGCUGGUGCGCCGGGGGGGCUCCCUGGACAUAAAAAGCCGGGAGGCGGCGGGGGAGGCGAUGCAGAGAGCGCCGGGCUCCGAGCCGUGCCGAGCCGCCGAAGCCGCCUGCGAAGCCCGCAUGGUGCAGCUGAGCCCCCCCGCGCUCCCGCUGCAGCCCCCCGGCAGGGCCAUGCUCUACAACCUGGGGCAGCCGCUGGGAGCCAUCGGCAGCGGGUUUUUCGGCGAGCCGGACUCCUUCUCCAUGUACGGCGGCAACCGGGUGAAGAGGAGGCCCUCGCCCUACGAGAUGGAGAUCACCGACGGUCCUCACACGAAAGUGGUUCGCCGCAUCUUUACCAACAGCCGGGAGAGGUGGAGGCAGCAGAACGUGAACGGAGCCUUCGCUGAGCUUCGCAAGCUCAUCCCCACUCACCCACCCGACAAGAAGCUGAGCAAGAACGAGAUUCUGCGCCUGGCCAUGAAAUACAUCAACUUCCUGGCCAAGCUGCUCAACGACCAGGAGGAAGAAGGAAACCAAAGGGGCAAAGGGAACAAAGACUCGGGGAUAGUCCAGGAAGACCUCCUGCAGGAUAUGUUGUCUCCUAACUCCAGCUGUGGAAGUUCUUUAGAUGGCGCGGCGAGCCCGGACAGCUUCACGGAAGAGCACGAGGCGCUGGACUCGAAGCACGCACGGGGCCUGCACCACGCCAUCCUCCCCGUAGAAGGCAAUGCGCAGCGGUGAUGACCCCCACGGCGCUCCCUGAGCGCGAAGGGGGAGGCGAGACCCGGGCGGGUGGGAUUUGGGACACUCUGCCCCGGGGCUCAGGCUCCCCGUCCUCCCGGCCCAGGACGGGGUGGGCAGCGUGUUGGCCGAGAGCAAGACCCAACGGGACGGACGCUCGGCGUUUAGGUACGGGACCGUACGAAGAAGCAAAGCAUUGAAGUCAUCUUCGUUGUACAUAUCGCUCACGGCGUGACUCUGAGGAGGGGAGGGCGACGUGGCCAGCGCCUCUCCGACACUUUGAGGGUUUUUCAGACCGCUUGAUGGCCACUUAAGCAGUCACCCAGCUGGGACAGGAGACACCGAACUCCUCUUUCACUCCAGCCGAGGCCACGGACAUGGCUCUGGAGGCCGUAGGGAGCUGCAGGCACUGCCGCCUUUCCCCAGGAGCGCGUGCGGCUUCUCGGAGCCAGGGCCAUGGGGGCCUCUUGUCUGAGAGCUUUGACUGUACCUUUAUAAAGAGGUGAAAAAUGCCCUCAGCAAAAGAACUAUUAAAAGGAUUGAGACUUUUUAUUUUUCUCCUCUUCUUCUUUUUAUUUUUUUCCUCUUCCUUUCCCUUCUGCCCAACUCUGGAUUGUUUGGGGUGUUGUAUUUAUGACGUGGGAUUACUUCUGUUUAAUGCCGUCACACAGUAUCCACUGAACAAAAGGUACAUAGGUGUUCUCUGCUCUCCUCCGCCCUCCGCACCCUGAUCCCUGUGCUGGUAACACAGCAGGCGAGGUCCCCAGGUGGUCUCCUUGAGUUUUCCCGGCUCUUUUUGUAGGACAGAGCUCCUCUCGAGGAAGAUGAAUUCAGGAUUGGUAAGGAGAGAAAACAUCCCAUUGAACCAGGGACUUUUUUGAAUUGAAAAAAGCCAAGGGAAUCAAUGAUGCACCAGCAGCGUGCAUGUACAUAGGGUUGUAAAAGGGUUUUGGUGGUAUGGUAUGCUUUGAAUUUUUUGGUUUUGUUGUGUGAAAGUGAUGGUCGUGUGCCCGUGCCCACAGGCUGGGCGCAAGGAGGCAUUAGGGGGCCCUUGCCUGGAUGAGGCUGUUAGGAGGCCGCAACCUCCCCGAAUUUCCUUGCAUAGGGUGAGUGCUAUCAACACCAUUGGGGUUAGGCUACAUCCCAAGAGCUUAGGUGGCUGCAGAACUGAGGGUCGUGAUGGACCCGAUCCUCUGAUCCCUGCCCCGGGUGGGUGUUUGGGAAGCAGAGGCCAGGCACCGGUGCUGUGGGGUGCCCCCGUCUCAGCCCAAUCUCUCCCUGUGCUCCAAGGCCCAGAAAUUGCUGUUACCGUAAAACAAACACAUACAUCCUCUGUAAGGGAAACAGCCCUUUGAGCAGGGAUGUUUUCCAUCACAUUAAUUCCUUCUCAGAGGUGCUGAGGUACAAGGGAACGUGGGAUUUGUGCGUGUGCCUGCCAGCACGCUCACGUCGUAGACUGGUUGUUUCUAUCCCUGCUUUUUUUAGGGUCUCUUUGUAAAUAAUAAACAUCAGGCUGACUUUUCCCAGCGCGGGGUGAGCGCGUUAGGUGGGAUGUGUUCCCCACCAAGGGCUCCAAGCUCAAAGAGGGGUUUCCAGCAUAGCCCCAGAUCCUCAGAAACUGGCAGCUUCCCACCUCAUAUGUUGGGGAAAAGGAGGAAAAUGCCCUCGGGGAUCCAGAUCACCCAUGCCAGGGGGUGCUGGGGUGAUGCUGAGCGGUUCCUGGUGUCCCUGGUACUGGGGCAGGAGAGGAGGGCAGCGGGGAUAGGCAGGGGGCCCAGGGGCUGGUAAGGGUCCCCUGGGACACUGCCACCAGCAUUGGCCGCCUGGGAAGGGAGAGGGAUGCUGUCACACGGGUCAAGCAGUUCUUCAGCCUUUGAAAUAACCCCGGGUCUUACUUUUUCUUGAUCUAUUGCAAGAAAAAUCACCGACAGUCUGAAAUUCCUCAUUCCCCACAAUUUUAUUUUAUUUUUCCCCCCCUUUUCGGUAGCUGAACAGUUGACAAAAUGGUACAACCUCCUCGACACCCGCAUGCACACCCACCCGCACACACGCCUGCCUCCAGCCUCGUAGCAGGGCGCGCCGUAGUCCUCCUGGGGUAUGUACAGUCGUACUUUAAUUGUGAUUUGAAUGGUACAUUUCCUCCACCCACCUCCCCUCCUGCCUGCUUCAUGUCUUGGUGUGUGGAACAUCGCCACGUUUCUGUUUGAGACGGCAGUUUGGGUCAAUGUCGUGCCGUGUGAUUGAAUUCUCUCCUUACCACGAUUUUUCUUCCAGCCCCGUCCCUCUCUCUGCCGCCCUCCCCUUGGGUUUCUGCAUUUUUUCUGCAGAAACGAAGUGACCAGACCUGGUACCCUGAUUCUCAACCCACUGUGGAUGUGCUAUUUAGAAAACACAUUUGUUGUAAUGUGUCUGUAUAUAUAAAUAUAUAUAUAUAAUGAAUAUAUCGAGAAUAUUUCUAAAUAAAGUUUUACAAAGCA